CAUUUUGUGACUGUAGUGGAAAAGAGACGAGCGAUGCUUACGAGCGUAUCCUCGUCGGAGUUUCAGUGCGGGGAUUGGUGAUGUUUGACGGGAGGGAAAAGUAACUCGUCCCCGGGACUUGAAAGUCCUCCGAGUCGACAGCCGGAGGGAUAUUAAUGGGUGCCGUGCGGGCUGCCUCAUCCACCAAAUAAGACCAUAAAUCUUUUUUCUUUCGUCCGCGCUGAAGAGGAAAAGCUCCGCUCGGCCGUGCGAUACGGAGAAGACGCCAAGACAGAAGUGCCUUAAAGGAGACGGCGAGAGCGAAGAGGAACGCGGCGCAAAUCCGUAUCGAAGAAGAAAUGAGUCCGUUCAAGAGACAGCGGGGCCGAUCGCCUUCGUCAUUCCGAGGCCGAGGAGGGGGGCGAAGGAGAACGGGCGCCAAGCCCCCUCAAGAGAGAGACCCCAAAGGAAUUAAGCGGGAGGCCCUCGGCAAAACCCCGCAGAGCACAACCAGCACUUUCUCCAAACAGGGUCCGCCCGUGGAAGGCGACCCCACGAAGGGCGAGCCAACCGGGCCGAGGAACCCGCCGGCCGAGUCGGGCGAUGAGGACACGGCAAAGACGGCAAAAGAUGUGACGGCGUGCCAAAGCGCGUCCGCCGACUCCGUAGCAUCCCCUACCUCGAAAAGCGCGGCCGCGCCGCCGCCCCUCGCCGCCAACCACAACCAACCAACUUCUGUGUCGAGCAGAAAAACGGCCACGUUCAAGGCUCGCGUUCCCAAAAAAAAAUACACUUACGAGCACUUUGCCAACCACGCCACUCCCCCCACAGCCCUUCCUACCUCCGGCCCCGCAGUCACGGGCGGCAGCACUUCAUGCAAUAGCAACAGCAAAAUCGGCGACAGUGUCAAUCUGACUAUCGAUCGGCUGACGAACUGCAACGAUACGAAAACAGACGCCGGAGUAAACGCCACCAAAAAUAUAAUGGGCGUGGCCAAUUGCAGUUUAAAUAGCAGAAGCAAUGCGCGCUCAGGUAAUCAGUCAUCGCUUCAACAUGUGAUCAGUAAGCCCACCGAAGACAGCGGGGGUCUCGGGAGAGUACCCCCCCGAGAAAAAGAGUCCCAGGUGUGGGAGAACGAACGGGAGGGGGCCCCCAACUCAAUACGCUCUCCCUCCGCCGAUCUCGACGUGACGGCGGCAAACGGACCGCGCGACCGAAAGACCCCGCCCCCCUUUCCGAACUCGCCGCCCAAGGGGCUCGGCGAUACGGGCGUUCUUGCCGAAGCACUCGCCAAAGGUUUGAAAAACCAGAGAGUCUUGGCUCGCCAGAUGAGAAGCCCCGCGGAGAGCGGUGUCGCGGGCCGGCGUGGGUUCGAGGGGAGAGACCCCCGCCCCGCGUCGCUGGUGUUCAGACCCGGCGUGGUGAGGGAGGUAAGCGGGGCGGCGGUCGAAGUCCAGCUGCAAGGAAAGAACGCGAUUCUGAAAUAUCCUUUUGACGGCGGAACCACGAUGACAGGAUCGGAAUCCGGGAGCGUCGUCCAAUUAGUUUUGGACGCACCCCCGCCGGGCAUGUCGCCCGUUGCGGUUCGUACCAAAGUGUGUGUGCCAUUUGGCGGAGAGGACGGGGGUCCUCUGUCGUACAGGGAGGGGGUCGUAUCUCAGGUGGACCCUCACCCGGGUGUCUCGUUCCCCUACCGGGUGGUUCUGAGUGAAGACGGAGACGCCUCGGUCGGCGGCGCCGCCCGUCGGGAGGGAGAUCCAAGUCAAGCCCAGACCGUGUGGGUUUCCCGGCAGAGUCUGAGACUGCUCACCCCUCCCUGGGAUGUCCCGCAUUUGGAGGGCGGCGGAAUGCGGGACAGAGAGCGCGACAGGGAAAGAGAAGAAAGGGAGUGGAGGGAGGAGAUGGAGGUGGAGAGGGAGGUUUGUCAGUUGAGUAGUGGAAUGGGCGUACUGGGAGGGGGGGCCAGGCUGAGCCACGGCUUGUCUCAUCAAAGGCUCGCCGCGGGGCACCCCUACGGAAAGGUACAUCCGCCUGCGCAUCCCUCCACCGUCCCUCCGAGUCGGGGGUCCGCCGCCGUCUACUCGGACGGAGAAAGACCGAAACAAGUCCACAUCCCAGAGGAAGACGUCGAGGUAUCUCGUCUUCACGUGUCCGCCGCCCCCCAGACAAAUUCACAGCAUCGAAAUAUCAUUUCCAAAUCCAGUAGCUUACGCCCGUGCUCACCAAACCUCUCGGCGGCGAGGGCUUCGGCCCCCCCUCAUUUCUCCACCCUGGCCAGCCCCCAGCCACCUCCUUCCCCUGCCUUACCCAGUUCCGAAAUGAACAACGCCGCGCCGAAUCUACCUCCAACCAAGAUGGACCCCAGCCAGACCACGACGACCCCCUCGUCCGCCGGGGGCGCUUCCUCUACCUCCUCCCGCUCCAGGACGCCGCUCUCCUUGGCCCAGAAGUACAAGAAGGGGGACGUGGUGUGCACCCAGAACGGCAUCCGCAAAAAGUUCAACGGCAAGCAAUGGAGGCGGCUGUGCUCCAGGGAGGGCUGCAUGAAGGAGUCGCAGCGUCGCGGCUAUUGCUCCCGACACCUGUCCAUGAGGACCAAGGAGAUGGAGGCCGCCGGGGGGGGCGGCGGCGGCAGCUCGGGGACGGUGACGCCGUCCGACCUGCGGGGCAGAGCCGGCAGCGAGUUUGAAUGGGACGACACGUCGAGGGAGAGCAGCGAGAACAGUAGCAGGGGAGGAGACUCCAGACCCCGCCUGCUCCUCCCCUCCGUCCUCCCCCACGACCUGUCGGCGCGCUUCGACUUUGACGAGUGCGAGGCGGCCACCAUGCUGGUGUCGCUGGGAAGCUCGCGCUCCGGCACGCCGUCCUUUUCGCCCGUCUCCAACCAAUCGCCCUUCUCCCCCGCCCCCUCCCCCUCGCCCUCCCCGCUGUUCGGAUUCAGGCCGGCCAACUUUUCCCCCGUCACCGCCUCCCCGGUCCUUCAACACCGGCGGCACAGGCAGCCGAGCGGCGCGGGGGGAGGAGGGGGCGGCAAGGCGACCGUCCCGGCGGGGGGCGAACGAGAGAGACACGCUUCGGGCAUCCAGCCGACGUUCCACAGCAACCUGACGUUUACGGUGCCCAUGAGCCCCAGUAAACGAAAGCCGGACGCGGCCCCCGCGCCGCUUCCCCCCCCGCACCACCACAAUUACACGCCCAAGACGGAGCCGGAGCAGAGCGAGCUCCACAACUCUUUCCGAGUGCUGUCCCCGCAGACGCCGGCGGCACAUUCCCACACGCCGGCCUUUUCCAGGGCGAGGGGCGCCACCCCGCCCUCCUCCGGCAGGCCGCCGUCCUCCUCCGCCGCCGCCGCUGCCGCCUCGCCUCCGCCUCUGCUCAUGUCCCCGGCGCCUCCGUCCCCUCUGACCCCCGACGGAGGGCCUCGUCGCGUAGUCCCCGUGUCCCAGCAGAACCUGCGGGACUCCCCCAUCAUUGUGAGGAACCCUGACGUCCCGCUGACAAAAUUCAUCGAGUGUCCCUUAGGGAAAAGAGGUGAAAAAGACUGCGGGGGGGUCCAACCUCCGUUAUCUAAAGACAACAACAUCACCACCUUCGCACCCCAACCGAUUCCCGGCCUCCAGGUUCCCGUGCCCAUCAACGCCGCUGCGGCCCCGGUUCCCAACGGUACCGUCCUUUUGCGAAGUCCGGCCCAAACUUUGCUGCUAGUGUCCCCUUCGCCGUCCUCCCUGCCCGCAUCGGACGUCCCUCCCGCCGCCCCGCCGCAGGCCCUCUCCGUCACCGUCGGCGCAACGGUCGCGAACGGCUCCGGGGAACGAGGGGGGGCCCGGGGCUUUGAAGGAGAGUUGCAGCAGCCCGUCCCCUGCCACCCUUCCCCGACGGCACUGCUGCCCCUGAUCCUGCCCGUGGAGUGCCAUCACCCCGCGCCACGAAAGGACAUCAUCAUGGGACGCCCCGGCACAGUGUGGACAAAUGUCGAGCCCCGGUCCGUUCCGGUUUUCCCCUGGCAUUCUUUAGUGCCCUUCCUGGCACCCACCCAAUCAGAUGCCGCCUCCCAGCCGGGGGAGGGCCAGCACCCUGUCAAUCACCCCCACGCAUCCACUCCAAAGACAGACUGUCAAACUGGGGCGGGUCCACCUCCCAAGCCUGCAGAGGCCCCUCAGAUUUUGGAGAGGGGUCCCCCGACUCGGAACGUGACCGCACCCGAGGAAUCGGAGAAGGAGAAAGCGGACACGGAAAGGGAGAAGCCCGACAGUGACACGGAAAGCGAUGUGGAUGACCCCUUCCUUCCAGGCGUUGUGCCCGAGCAGCCCCUCUCUACGUCUCCUGUUAAGCGACGUACCCAAUCCCUCGGUGCGCUGCCCAAAGAUGGCGACAAGAGCAGCCCCGGAAAGCGGGAGAAGGACCACAUUCGGCGACCGAUGAACGCCUUUAUGAUUUUCAGCAAGCGCCAUCGGGCGUUGGUUCAUCAACGCCACCCCAACCAGGAUAACAGGACCGUCAGCAAGAUCCUGGGCGAGUGGUGGUACGCCCUCGGACCGAAAGAGAAACAAAAGUAUCACGACUUGGCCUUCCAGGUAAAAGAAGCCCACUUUAAGGCGCACCCAGACUGGAAGUGGUGCAACAAAGACAGGAAGAAGUCCAGCUCCGAAGGUCGCGGCGUCCCCGGGGGCAAAGACAUCCGUGAGAGGAGCAUGUCCGAGUCCACGGAGCUGCAUUCUGCGGAGAUGAAGGGGGUGGCGGGCCAGGGUCUGGCGGGCAUGUCGGAGAGGAAUCAGACUUCCGAGGGUCAUAUGAGUCAGCUGACGCGUCCCAGAGCCUUCUCGCAAAGUGCCGUGCACAGCAUGGAGAGGGGCGACCGAGGCAAUACACAAGCCCUGGCGGAACUGGCACAGAUGUGUGGAGAUGGGGGUGGCCAAUUUUCCAGCCACGCUCCACCCCUGUCACAGUCCCAGCGGGGCGUCAGCGAGGACAUGACCAGCGACGAGGAGCGCAUGGUCAUCUGUGAGGAGGAGGGCGACGAUGACGUCAUCGAGGACCCUUACCCGAGCGGCUCCAUUGACCUCAAGUGCAAGGAGCGGGUGACGGACAGCGACAGCGAGAGAGGUUCCGGUGACGAGAGCGCUCAGAAGCGAGUCUUCGCCCCCGUCAUCUGCUCCACGGCGGCCUCCUCUUCCUUGCAUCACGGGCGGAGCGUGUCCCUGUCUUCCUAUCCGGCCGGCAAGCGCCACGAAGACGGGAGGUCGGGGGGGUUUCCCGACCCCCGCAGAAGGGGAGAAGGAGACCUUCACGACUCUUUCGGGGGGGGUGAAACGGGAGCGGCGCACGCCUCCCCUCUCUCCCUCUCGCUUCCCUCGGGCCAGUCGGUUAUCCCCGCGUCGCCUUCCCACCUCGGCGCCGUGCGGGUGGCCUCCACCGUGUUGACCAACGUGAUGCGGCCCGUCAUCAGCACGCCGCUCCCCAUCGUCAGCAAACCUCGAGAGGGCGGAGCCUCGUCCAGCCCGCACCCGCCCGAGAGGAAGCCCCCGACGCCCCAACAGCCGCAACUCCUGAUCGGCUCGGCCUCGGGAGGCGGCGCGACGGCCGUGCCGAGCGGCUACUCCUCCGCCCCGUCGCCCGGCCCCGCGGGCGCCACCGGGGUGGUGACGAAUUUAGUCCUCGGGGGCCCUCUGCCGGGGCAGCCCGCCGUGCAGCUCAUCGGCCCGUCUCCGCAGCCUCAGCCCCCGUCCUCCAACAGCCACUCCAACGGACCCCUGCCUCUUCCCCUGCUCCAGCCCCAAUUCCUCCCUGCUCCCUCCCUCGCGCCCGCGGGGGGUAAGGCCAUCACGCAGGUGCAGUACAUCCUCCCCACCCUCCCCGCCAACCCCAAGAGCCCGCCGCAGCAGCUCUGUCAGCCGACCGGUAUCUUCAACCUGCCCGCCGCGCCGCCCUUGGCCAACGGGAAGCAACAGAGUCACGGUUCGCUGGUGUGUUAUUCGUCCAGUCCAGGUACAAGAGUGCAAACGCAGUCCCCGGUGCUCCAGGGUAAAAUGGUUGUCCCCAUGGCGACGGUACGCACUGCGCCGGCUCCUGCCCAGCAGUUUCCUCUUGUGGCCCCGCCUCUUCCUGUCCAGAACGGCGCUCAGGCAGGAAGCAAGAUCAUCCAGAUCGCCCCCAUGCCUGUGGUCCAGUCUCAGCUGCCUCAAGGAGGGGCAGUCCACCCCGCCAGUCCCUUCCCCGUGACAAUGGCCACCGCUGCCAUCGUGGCUCCGGGGCCCGCGGCCCCCUCGCAGGCUGUUCUGCUGCCGCCUCCGAGCACCAGGAUCACCUACGUGCAGUCCACUCCUGGGGUGCCAUCCCCUCUGCCCUUGGUGUCCACGACGGCAGCCCCCUCGUCCUCGUCUUCCUGCACCUCCCAGCAAGCGCUGCCGAUGCCCGGCUCGGCAUACGCGCCUCCUCCCCUGGCCACCCUCGGCUUCACCGCCAUCCCGCCACCUGGCCAGACGUUGGUUCAGCCACUGAUCGCUGGUCAACCGCCUCUCCUGGCCACGGCGCCGUCUCCGCAGCCCCCCGCCUCGGCCCCCGUCUGCGGUUCCGGCGGCCAGAUCCUCACCGCCAUCUACCCUCCCUCGCAGAGUGUCACCAUGGCGACCGGGGUGGUCGCCAUGGAGGCCUUACCGCCUAGCACGGCCGUCUAUUCGGUCUCCAGCCCCUGCAGCGUUUCCAGCCACAUCAUGGCUAAACACGCGGCGCCCCCCACCGCCAUCACGGUGCCCCAGCCACCUCCAGAGCGCCACCUGGCUGCUGACAGAGCUGCAGACAGGCAGGCUGAGAGGCAGCCCGAGGUGCUGAUGCAGCCAGAACGCCAGGCUCAGAGCGCCACAACCAGCAGCUCAGCAGCGCCCUCUGGUGGACACGUUGUUGCCGCAAGGUCCUGCAGUCCGCUUCAAAUCCAAACGACUGCCAGCGCACCCGGAGCACUCAAACUCAGCCAGCUCCCAACCAGGCCCCCCCAGAAAGUGAAGGCCACGCUGGCCAGCAUCCCGGUGGGCAGCUACGAGGGAGGGGGGCGGGGCAAGGAGCGCGAGAAGGAAAGGGAAAAAGAGGGCGCGGCCACCGCGGCCGCCUCAUCCAACAGCCACUUCUCCUUUGACACGGAACCGUUGGGACCCACGUCUGCGUCUCCCACUUCGCAUCCAGCUGAGGAGCCUUUGUCAUGUGACAGCGCAGCAGAAACCACCAGAGAGACUGGAUGGAAGGACUCCCUCCCUUCCUCUCCGGCGCCUCCCCCGUUAGCCACCGAGCCCACCCUUCCGCCCCCGCACAGCGACAAAGAAGCGCCGCUGCCAAAGAAGAUCAAAGCCCGCCCCCCACCUUUAAAAAAGACCUUUGACUCCGUGGACAAGUCGGGAAGGGUGCUGUCGGAGGUGUACUUCGAAGAGCGCUUCGCCGAGCUGCCGGAGUUUCGACCCGAGGAGGUUCUGCCGUCGCCGACGCUGCAGAGCCUCGCCACAUCACCCCGGGCCAUCCUGGGUAGCUAUCGACGCAAGAGGAAGAACUCAACAGACUUGGACUCGGCUACCGACGACCAAGUGUCUCCAAAGAGGAAGAGUCGGCGCCGUUCCAGCUGCAGCUCGGAGCCCAACACGCCAAAAAGCGCCGCCAAGUGCGAGGGCGACAUCUUCACCUUCGACCGGCCAGGCACUGAUGGCGAGGACAUCCUGGCCGAACUGGAGUUUGACAAGGUGCCGUAUUCGUCCCUGCGACGGACGCUGGACCAGAGGAGGGCGCUGGUGAUGCAGCUGUUCCAAGAGCAGCAGGGCUUCUUUCCAUCAGCUCAGGCCACGGCCGCCUUCCAGACCAGGUACUCGGACAUCUUCCCCACCAAGGUGUGUCUGCAACUGAAGAUCAGGGAAGUCCGGCAGAAGAUCAUGCAGACGGCCACCCCGGCCGACGCCUGUCUCACCGUCUCCGCUGACUCCUUGCCCGGACCCUCUGGUGCCCAGUCGGGUGACGGUCCCGGGAGGGAGGAUGAGGAUGCAGAACCCGGAGCCGAGGAGGAUCCCGGCGACUCGCAGGACUCUUCCAGAUGAGGACUUUUUGUCACCAUGUGGACUUGUAUUCCCAUCUCUGGAAGGCCCAGUGCGAUGUACGUUUAGAAUAAGAGUACCAAAAAGUAAAAAAAAAUUGGACAAAACGUUGGAUGGAUUUCCCGGAACUUUCCCAUGGAUGUUCACAAAGACCAAAUGUGUUAGUUGGCAUUUAACCCCCCCACCCCCUAAAAAAAACAUGUUUAUCUUGAUUUGUUUUGAAUUAUGUAAAGAGGGAAAGUUGUCAACAUUAUUUUUUUCCCCGGAUGUAGAGCUUUGCUUCCAUUAAGUUUCUGCUGACAUUCUGGGGGGCUGGGACCCUCAAGACUUUGUCUAACCCUGAACCCGGAACCGACGGCAUGAUCAGUCGCUUUUCCACUCGACCGACAGACUGCUUCCGGAGAGCUCUUUGAAAAACGACAAAAAAACGACGGCAGAGUUAACAGAAAGUGGACGUCCUGGCUGUGCCAACAUUCCUGCUGUACCCUGCAUCGUAGUCUGAAGGAAGCAAACAUUCCCGUGCCUCUCAUUGCUUACCCAUGAAGGAAGGAGGUUAGUCCAUGGUGGCCAUUUUUAUGGACUUUGAUUUUUUUUUUUUUAAAUACUUUGAAUUUUAUCAUCAACGUGUUAGGUCCACCUGUGACUUUUAAUUAUUCUUUACAUUUUUCCUUGACCUCUCUUUGGAAUAUUUGGAGGCAUGUACUGUAUAGCCUAUCCUUGUGCUUUGUCUUCCCUUUAACAAACUAGCUUUUUUUUUUUUUUUUUUACGUUUCAAGACCCACCUCAACACUCUUGACUUCCUGUUUUCCUACUUCCUUCUUUUGUCACUUUAUGCCUUUCCUCCCUCCAAACGGUCACAAUCAAAAUAGAACUGUUGGAACACAACACUUGACCGUAGUGCAAAACUUGUUGGGUAAAUACUGUAAAGAGUCUACCUAGAUCACAAAACAAAAACUGGACUCUGAGAUGCAAAAGACAUGGGGGUUGGGGGGGUCCAAAAACUAUAUGGCUUUUAAUGUUUUUGUGUUUAUGUUUGGCUGUUCCGGUAUCCAAAAGACAAAUUUCUAUGAAUAAAUUAAAUUUGUAUCUGUAACUUUCAGUACGCCAAUAAAGUUAGGUGGUCAGUUAAAUUAAAAAA